AUGUUUGGAAUAAUUUUGCUUAUACUGAUUUUCCAGAAGUGUUCAUUAUCGUUCAACAAAAUCUGCUUUUAUCGUAAAGAUGAAGGUUAUGGUAAUGACACAAUGGAAAAGUUUUAUUAUGAUGCGACUGUUGGACAAUGUAUGAAGUUCACCUACCGUGGAGAUGGAGGAAACGAUAACAAUUUUGAUGCAAAAGACGUUUGUGAAAAAACGUGUAAAUCAAGUGGCACAUUCGAUAGACGCAACUGCCGAAAACCUCACAUCCCACAUUAUUGUCCUGAUGCUACGUACCACUACUACUAUGAUCAAAAGUUGAGAAGAUGUGAAAACUACAGAUGGCUCCAAUGUGGCAAAAAUGAAAAUAACUUCGAGAGUGAAGAGGAAUGCCAAGUAAAAUGCGGAUUAGCGGACGCUCGAAUAUCUGCCAAUAAACGUAAGUUCUUUCAAGACGAGAUUUACUCUGAUGUAGAAUUGUCAAAAUAA